UUUACCAGAACAAGGAAGCUAUAGGCGGUGCAGUGGGCAAAAUUAUUGUUUCGUUGGAGGGAUGGUGACUGGGAGGGAAUUCCGUGAAAGCCUGCGGCAGAAAGGGCGCAAAAAGCGCGUAGUGCCAGGCUUCACGGUGCAGUCCUUGCAAAGCGGAGUUGUCGUCCAAGGUCCGCCUCGCGUUAGUGCAGUUCGUCCGCGCCAACCACCAAAGGAGUCAAUCUUCAGAAAGGCUUACCUCCGAGGGGACUUGCCGAUAUCCUUGGCUUUCGAUACCUAUGGCACCAAGCUCACCUGGAAGGUGGAAGUGGAGAAACUGGACUACCAUCACUACUUGCCAAUAUUUUUUGAUGGGUUAAGUGAGACUGAAUAUCCUUAUAAGUUCUUCGCACAGCAAGGGAUAAAAGACAUGAUGCAACAUGGUGGUCCAAAAAUUGUACCAGUUAUACCACAGCUUAUUAUACCCAUCAAAAAUGCUUUAAAUACGAGAAAGCAUGAUGUAGUCUGCACAACACUGAAGGUGAUGCAGCAGUUGGUUAUGAGUGCUGAUAUGGUGGGAGAAGCCCUUGUUCCAUAUUACAGGCAAAUACUACCUGUAUUUAAUCUGUUCAAAAAUAAAAAUGUGAACUGUGGCGAUGACAUUGACUAUACUCAAAUGAAGCAUGAGAAUCUUGGCGAUCUUAUUCAAGAAACACUUGAAAUUCUGGAAAGACAUGGUGGAGAUGAUGCGUACAUUAAUAUAAAAUACAUGGUGCCUACCUAUGAAUCCUGUGUUAUGAAUUAGAAUGAGCAACCAUAAGGAGACAAGGUUAUUUGUAGGCAAAAUAGAUUUCAUAUACUGUUAACAGACUACAAUUGUUAUUACUGCACACUAGAAUCACCAAAUAAAUUGUUAUGUUUAUUAAAUUUUUCAGUACAAUGUAAUAUAUGUGUUCAUAAAUAAGUCAUGGGUACUUGUUUAAUUUCAUGGGAGUUGGUUCACAAAACUUUUUAUCUACUAGGUAAACUAUGUAUUAGUGAAAACAGGUAGAUUAACACUGAAGGAAAAGAGAAAUUGCUACUAACUGUAAAGUAAAGAGGACAGGUAAAGAAACUUAUAUAAAGCUUUCAGCCACUGCCAUGAUCAGCAAAAGAGAAACACACCAUUCAUACACACAAGCAAGCACACUGCAUGCACACUUGACUACCAACCCUGGCUGCUUGGACCAGAAUACAACUAUCAUGUAGAAUGCAAGCAGCAAUCUGGAGUGGGUGGCAAAGUGCAAGGGAUAGUGGUGUAAGGGUGGGUGGAGAGGUGAAUGCCGUCUCGUGGAGUGUGCAGGACUAGAACACCAACAAGCACAGUGUCAGGACAUUGUGGGGCAAGGACAUGGGGAAAAAAGGGACAAAAAGGAAAGGAGCAGGAAAUUGUGGACAGGUGCAUUUGGCAGCGGGUGACAAACAAAGAGGAUGGGAGACAAGAAUAGGGAGGAGAUGAUAGGACAGAGAUGCGGGGACAGUAUGUUACUGGAGGUUGAGGACUGGAUAAUUACCUGAGUAGAGAAUGUAUGUAAGGAUAACUGUUGAGGAAAGUUGGUGAUGAAGGGGAGGAUCCAGAUGGUUCAAGUAGUGAAGCAGCCAUUGAAAUCAAGCAGGUUAUGUUCAGCUGCAUGUUGUGCCACAAGGCUGUCUACUUAACAUUGUUUGUAUUCAUAAUUGUAUAAAGUUUAUUAAAUGUUUGUCACAUUGUACCUUGACAGAAGUGAUAAAUUACAGCAACAUGAUA